AUGGAAGAUCCAAAAGCUCGGUGCAUGGAAAUCUUUGAAUUGAGUUACAAACACUUGCCGGGAUAUCUAAAACCGUGCUUUCUUUAUUUGGGAGUUUUCCUUGAAGACAAGGAUAUUCCUGUUAGCAAGUUGAUACGGUUUUGGCUUGCUGAAGGUUUCAUUCAUGACUCUGAGUUGAAGAGCUUAGAAGGUAUUGCGAGGUUAAAAGCCAGAGCAGAGAACUUCUUCCGGCUAGUAACCAGGUUUGAUGAGCCAUAUGUAUCUUUUCCUAGUUCAGAUUUUGGUUUUGAAAUUGGCCAUCAUUCUGAUCCUGUCACAUAUGAAGCCUACCGAUUGUGCUUUUUUUUGAAGCGACUCCAUUUUUUUAAAUCAAGACCUUUUGGCCUGGGUACUCGUUCUUUGAUAUUCUUUCCUUCAGCUGAUUCAGAGCCCAGAUGUCCUUAUGACAUCUCAUUCAUUUGGCACAACUUCAAACUUCUGCGGGUGUUAGAUUUUGAAUGCAUCAACCUGGGUGUCACCUUCCCUGCUGACAUUACAUGCCUGGUUCAUUUGAGGUAUUUGGCAAUCACUGGUUAUAUGCAAACUAUUCCACAAUCCAUAGGCAAUCUCCGAAAACUAGAAACUUUUGUUUUGAAGGGAUUACGUGGUCAGGUUGUCUUACCAGAUACUAUUUGGCACAUGACAAGGUUGAGGCAUCUUCAUGUGAAUAUGCAUGUUGCUUUCACAUUGGAUGAUGAAGGGCUUGAAGUCUGCUGUAAGUUGGGUGAUUUGGUCAGCCUUUCCUGUCUCUCUCUCUCUUGUGGUGAAGAUACAGAAUCAAUAAUAAAGAGGUUGCCAAAUCUCCAGAAACUGAGAUGCAUAUUCUUUCAUCCACAGGGUUCUUCGAAGAAUUCCUAUCAGUUUCCAGGAUUAGAUUUUCUAACUCAUUUGGUGUCACUCAAUGUAUCUUACUAUGGAAGCGCUAUUACCAGGGAAUUCAUUCUCCCUUCCAAUCUGAGGAAAUUGACUCUUUCAAAGUUUCGUCUACCAUGGAGUCAUAUCUCAACAAUUGGGAGACUACCCAACCUGGAAGUUCUCAAAUUACUUCUUGAUGCCUUUGAGGGGCUGACAUGGGACAUGGAGGAAGAUCAGUUCAAGGAACUCAAAUUCUUGAAGUUAGACAAUCUGAACGUUUCUCAAUGGAAUGCUACUUGUGAUCACCUUCCCAAACUUGAACGGCUUGUCUUGCAAAAUUGCAAAGACCUCAAGGAAAUCCCGUAUGAUUUUGCAGACAUAGGCACACUGGAAUUGAUUGAAGUGCACUGGUGCAGACAAUCUGCGGAAGAGUCUGCAAAAAGAAUCAGGGAAGCAACUGGGGACAUCAAAGUGCUUAUUAGUAGUUCAUAUUUGAGAUGA